AUGUUCGUAGAAGAACUAUCAUCGCGAUACACCGAUCCAACACUCACAGUAUCUUUCUGGUGUUCGGAGGAAGGACACCCUCAACCGGAUAAAUCUUCCGCAGAGGGGUUCUCAGUCCAUUACCCAUCAUAUCAAUCGAUCGUGACUGUCGGUCGUCCAAGGGAAGUAACUCGCCGCACACAUGAAACUUUGAUUCAGCUUAAGAAGAUAGCGUCGGAUUUUCAAAAGAGGAUUGAUGAUACCUCACAGGGUCCCAAUAGACUAAAGCAGCCAUGGUAUAUUCCCAUCUCAAAGUUGAACAUCGAUUCGACAGUUGAAGAAUACAAGAAUGCCACAAGUGAAGGGAUGCGAGAAUUUUACAUGUUUCUCAAACAAACACAUGAUGAGGUAACUGAUAAAUAUGGAGAAGAAACUUUCUUAGGGCUACUGGACGAAAGGGGACAUCAUGAGUUUUGGAGAAGGGGCAAGCAUCGAUUACCCAAAUUUGAAAGAAGUGCUCAUUAUCAAUCUUUAUCUCAGUUCUGCCAAGCUGUCCAUGAGCUCAAAGCCAAAACCCAAAAGCAAGUCGAAGAGGAAGAAGGAAGAACGGGAGCGAUAAAUCAUGAAAGACAGCCAUCUGAUCAAGAUCGAUCGUGUUUAUCUAGAUUUCUUAAUCGAAUAAAGUUAAAUUCCUGGUCCUACUUCCGCUCAGAAGAGGACGAGAUCUUGCAGGGACCACCUUCCCUUGUGAUUAUUUCGUACGUGACGGAUGGUAGUACGCCCGGACCUAAAGCCAGGAAAGGUCAGAGAACGCGGCUAGCAAAAGGUGCAAAGGGAUCAAUCACAGUUUGUCGUACUGAUCCAAAGUCUUUCCCUGCAGAUAACGAUACCAAUACUAACUCUGGAUGUGUUCAAGAUAAUGACAAAGACCAACUUGAUCUAUUCAUGAAUGAACUCAAAACAACUUUGAAUGAAUGGAAAACAUAUGGAUCAGAGAAAAUUGCGAUUGAUUCUCGAUAUGGCUCGUCAUAUUUCCUCGAUAUGAAUGAACAAUGGGAAGGCAGAUUGAAUCUCAUCUCCCGAGGAGCAAUAGUCAAAGCAAGAAGGUCGUUUCCUGAAUCCCAAAAAGACAUAUCGAUCGUAUCGAUGAGUGGAACCGAAUUGAGGUCGAUCGUUCCUGAUACUGCUAGAAGAUUGGGAGUAAUCAACUGGGCAGAAUAUUUCAAUGAGUUGACCAAUAAUAAUAUACCGACUGAUCAGCUAGCCCCAUUGCCUCAUGCGAGGGAAAGUCAAGUACCGAAGAUGGACGAAGAUACGUUUGAAUGUUUGAGGUCACUGAGUAAGGAACCAAGUGAUAAGACUGGGAGUCGAACACGAAGCUUUACUGUGGAUUAUAAGCAGAGAACAAUCCCAACCAAGGUGGCGGACGGGGACGAUUGA